AUGUUACACCGCGACCCCAUCCUCUGGUCUCGCACCCCCACCCGCCGUUCCACCUGCCGCUCCACAACGUUCAUCCGUUCCGCUCGCUGCUUCUCCAAGUCCAGCCCAACCUCCGCUCAACACAACGACGAGCGGGACAAACAUGGUGACGAGAAGCCUGAUGGCAUGUCAGAUCUCGAGCGAAUGCGUCAACGGCAUCUUCAGCGAUGGAGGAAGCGGAUCGAAGCGGAUCCGUACAGUGCGCUCUUUGGUGCUAGCGAGGAUAUGCUGAGGGGACGCGGGCUGGGACGGUACUUCGAGAAGCAAAGGGAGAUGCAUAGGAAGGGGUUAGAGUGGGUGGAGAAGACGUUUCCGAAAUGGAUGUUGGAGGAUAUGGGCUUGCGUGGUCAGGACAAAGAAGCGAAGAAAGAGAAUGGUGAAGACGUAUACCCAAAGAAGGUGAAGAUUGAUCCUGCCGAGGAGGUUGGCGCGAAAGAACCCGAGAGCAUCUUCCGGCAGCCUUUGCAUAGAAGUCCCUCGUACAGGAGUCGCAGGUUUGAGAAGGAUUUUUGGAACGAUGGUGUAGAGAGUCCAUCGGACCCUCGGAGGCCACGCGAACCGCCAGUGAACGCAUUGAACAAGCCAGCUACCCUACACGAGGAUAUAAUCCAGGGUCUUCGCAAAGACAGACAUACCCCGGAAGAACCAGUGCCGCAGGAGCACACUCCUGCAAAAACGCCUGAGGCCGACAUCAGUCCGUCUCCUAAGGAGGCUCCCAAGCUAGAGCCUGAGUCCGAAGGAAAGGUACAACCGAACAAAGAUGCAACAGCCCGAGAAACUUCCUUUAUUGAAGAGUUCCUCGCGAACAAGACCCAGGCAGCAUCUCCUGCUUCGUCUAGUCAAUCAAGCAGCAAAGAUUGGCGACAGACUUCGCUGGAGCGUAGAGCAGCGCUAGAUUUUGCUAUGAAAAUGAGGAGGCAGACCAAUGUCCCCGUCGUUGAUGUCGCGGCCAAGUAUAAAUCUCUGACCGAGAACGAUCCUAAAAUUGGGCAUGAUCCGCAACCUGCAGUCAGAUCUAAGCGUGCAUCUUUAGAAUCAGGCACUGGCAAAACUGUUAUAGAUUUCCAUGGUUUGCCGAACUCCCGCCUGGGAAGGAAAGAGGUUGAGCAUUUCGAGAGCAGCGUAGCAGAGACUUGCGACGACGCAAAGGCACGUGGAGCUCUUGCCAAUGUUGCAGAGACACCAGAAAGUGCUGAGGAUCCAUCAAUGUCUCGAUUCUCUCCAUACCCGAGGAUCUGCACAGAUGACUGGGUGCUACCAUCACGAAAAGACGCAGACAAGAAACUUGAAGGUUUCACGAACACUAAGCUCGAUAUCUCCAGCAUCAGGGACCUCAAAUUUGGCCAGACCGAUCCCGAUACACUCAGCAACCCCCCAGGAUCAACUUCAGACGUUCUGAAACAGCUUCCAGAAGAUGAUCUGGACUUUUUGACUGCCGACGACGUUCGCGCCUCCAUGGGUCGUACGAAAGGUAACAAUGCCAAAAAGGCUGCUGCCAGGCAAAAGCUUGAUGAAGAGUUCAAUAAAGACACGCCAGAAAUUGAUCCUAUGCUCGAAGCCAAGAUUAUGAAUGAUCAAUAUGUGCGACGGAGGGCGAGCGAGUUAACACGGACACAGGAGCAGACGAAAGCGUCUGAGAACGAGCGAAACACGAUCAUGCCAGGGAAGAAGACCGAAGACGUGCCUUCAAAAGCAAUAUCGGCUCUUGAGACAAGCCUCGACUUCAUGUCGAGAUGGUUACAUAAUGGUGGCAAUGAAUUUGCGCAACACUUCUGGCAAGAUCCGGUCCCGCUCGUGGCAGGUCAGCUUGCGAGAGCUGACGAACAGUUCUUGAAGGGCAUAGGCAUUGGGGUCCUGAAAGGUCAUCGCGCGUUCGCAAGCAUAAAAGACGAACUUGUCGAAGAUAUUCCAGCCUCCAAAGAGCUUGUGGACCGCCUGAGCAGAGACGAAAUCAGAGCUUCUGCUGGGGCUGUAAGAUUAUACAGGGAAUUGCCGUCUGCCUUGAAAGAUACACUGGAUGCGGAUGCUUCCAAAGCUGCGGCACACAAGCGGAUCGGACAACUUAGGCAGGCGCUUUUAGACACUGACAGGGAGUACAAGAAGGCCUGUGAAGCCGUUGACGGUACCGGUAGAGCGUCCAAGCCUCCUUUCCUUCAAGAAAAACACCUCAGAUACGCCUCCGAAGUGCUUCGGAAGAACGCUAAGCUUACACGUAUGGCGGUCUUUGGGCUGCAAGGGCGUAUCGAGGUCGAGGCUGGAACUUCAGGGGGACUCGUGGCCAGGGAGGUGCUGCACAGGCUUCUGGCACUGCAAGAUACACAGCUUGCGCUUUCGAAGCUAGUGUUGAGAUCAAUGCAAAUGCUGGGUAUCAACCCUAAUGCACAAGAAGAGGUCUCAAUGAAGACCGAGGAGUCAAAGGCUGUCCUAUCGGACCCUUCGGUCGUUGAAGCUCUCGCAUCCGUAGCCGCCAACGACAGCUCCAAGAAACAGGGCGUCGACACCGUUAUCGUCAACCAAAAGCUGGAAGUUGAAAUCAACAAGCAAAAAGCUGCAAUGCGUGGUCUGUCCGAUGAUGGUUACAAGCACCCACCAAAGCCAUUUGUCAGGAAACCCUUCGACGGCCCAAAUCCGCUAGCACACAGCUUAUUUAGGCCGUUUGGCUUACAAUUAGCAAGCCUAGGCAAAGAUACGGAUGCCGAGAAAGACGGUGUAGUCAAAGCAGCUAAGAAGGCGAAGGGCGAUAAGGAGUUGAUAAAGGAAGUCAGGAAAGCAUACGAGGACACAUACGGGGCGAUCACUGUAGACCACUGGCAGGUUCCGCCUACGGUAAGGCCGCCACCCAUCGUUGAGGAGCUUACGGAAGUGCCUGAAAAGGAGACACCCAAGCGACAACCAUCGAUACAGAUGCUCAAAGAAGAUGAGAUCUCACUUUCGAUUACUGGCGAAGGUUCGACGAUUGCGAUGAACUCCGCUUUCAUACCCGAGGAGAAUGUUUCAACGAUGGGGGAUGCAGCUGAAGUUGAAACAGCAGUAGAGAAAGCUGCUUUCAAUAAACUAGCUGUAGUUGAAGAUUUGCGUUCUUCGAGCACGAGCGACAAAGGAAUUGUUCGCCAGGAAACAUCAUCUCCAGACCCCGCCCGGGCUGAGUCAAAUGUUCCUGCUGCCGACCUUAAAGAUACACAUGAUACCCUAGCCUCCUCAACCGCUGAUAGCAACAAGUACAGCUACGUCGCCUCAACCGACAGCUACGUCCCCUUAGUAUACAAGACGCUCAUCUACAACGCCGAAACCGACAAACUCUCCAUCACCACAUCGCAAGUCCCACAACCAAACUCACCUAUCGCAACCGUACCCUUGUACGAAGCACUCGCUACGCUUUCCCAUCCAGCAAAGUUUGUUGAUCACCUUCCGGAAUCCUUCCAUGUGAUUGCCGUGAAGCCGGAUGUGCUCAGUGUUCGAACGGCGUCACCUUUCAACGCAACAGCAGAGAAGAAGACCACAACCACCCUAGACCAACCAAAUGCAGAGCAAAAGGCAGAUACCGAUGAAGCAGAGGGCUGGAAGGGCAUCAAUCCCGUCGACGGCACGACCACUUUGAGUCCCACCGGCUUCGUAGGUGUAAGAUCCGAUCUGGACCGGGAGGUCGACUUCGCAGAGAGAAGGAGGAAGGCGGAUGAGUAUCAUAGGGAAGUAAACAGAUUGAGAAAUAGCACGAAGGAGCCAGAGAAGAAGGAAAGGAGAAGGGUUGGCAUGGGUGGUGUCGUGAAGACUGCUAUCUGGGCGGGAGCCUUUUGCUACAUUGUUGGUGUUGCGGCGGAGGUGGCUAAGGCGCCGUUCUAA